UGGUUGUUUAUAUUUUACGUUUUUUUCCUCCUGAAGUUGGUCGUGAAGUGACAGUUAUUAGAGAUUGUAUAAUGAAUUCUAUGCCUAACAUACAUAGCUGCCUGAAGCUUUCUUCAGAAAACGAAAGAAUAAGGUUAAAAUGUAAAAAGCUUCAAAAACAGAAUGCAGUUCUUGCCGACGAGUUAAAGAAGAUCAAGGAAAAUGUCACCGUUGAUUAUUUAUUUAGAGGAAAGGGCUCUUGCAGAAGUGUGCAAGUACAAACUGAUCGCAAGCUACCAAUACGUSCUCCUGCUACAGCAAGACCAACAGUUCAAGCAAAACACACAAUKCCAGUUGAACAGGAAGAUCCCAAAUCAGAAAAGUUAAUUUCAAUGCAUUCAAAUCUCUUGAAAAGAUAUCAGAAGGAACUCAAGACGAACACUGCACAAGUUGAACAGAUUGCAUCUCUUACACUUGAAAAUAUUGAACUAAAACAAAGGUUAGAAGAAUCCCAGAAAAAAAUAUCAUCACAAGAAAAAGAAAAUGAAACAUUGCAGAUGAGAAUCAAUAACAUGUCAAUCAGAGACAGAGUAACUCCAUCUAAAAGAGAUUUAGUAACAGACCUGGACAGAGUAACCAAAGAAAGAGACAAAUUAUUGAAUGAAAGGAAAAAAUUCAAAGAGGAGCUUAAAAUGCUUGACAGAGGAUUUUUUGAAGAAAUUGAGGACUUAAAGUAUGCUUUACAGCAAUCUGCAAAACUAAAUACAGCUUAUGAAGCAGCACUUAAAAGACUCUGCAAACAGUUUGGUGUUCCUCUUCCAUCAGUUACUGGCUCUGGUAAAAAGAGACAGAAAAAACGACAAAAACAAAGAGAAUUUAGGUGACAUAAUUUUUGUCAUUUACUUUUC